AUGAACAUGUACUCCACUUUGCCUCCACCGUCACAGAAUGAUUCUGAUUCAGUGGAGCCGGCUUAUUUAUUUUCGGAUUCUUCAACUACGUCGUUAACACAAAAGCCCGGAUUCAGAUUUAAAGCUCCUCAGGUAGGUUAACUCAAUUUUUUGUGCACAAAUUAGUGUGUUAAUCGUUUAGGCCAAAGGCUUUUUAAUUGUAAAGGGUUAUAACAUUGAGUUUUUGGUAGACAUGAGAAACGGGCCGGGCUUAAAUGUUAGGCCCGGCCCGAUCGAAAUUUUGCUCAAGGCCGGCCCGUUUCUCAUGUCUAGUUUUUGGUGGUGUGAAUAAAUAAGGAUGGUUUUUAGUCACGUCCUGAAGAUAUUAUGGUUGAUGGACCUGGCCGAAGGUUAAGGAAAAAUGUGGCCAAUGUACGACGACACAUAGAUUAUGUUGCCAAUUGUUUACGGAUGGCAGAUGUAAGUUUUUAUGUUAUUUAUAUUGAUAUUUAGGUAGGCAACAAACUCUUUCUGGUUCUUGGCUAUAUUGUUACAAAAACAAUAUUAUAGUAGGCUCUACAUAAAACAGAAAAAUUUGUUUUGGUUUUAGCUUAUACACUUUAUAGUUAAUAUUUAAAAUACUUCAAAACGCUUAAUAUCACAUACAGAAGCUUAUUUUUACAGGAAAGACUUAUCCAAUACGGAAAAAGAGACAGGAAAGUUGUUCAACCCGAUAUUAUCUACCAAGCUCAUGUUCUACCUCCAUGUGCAACUUUGGACACUCCAGUUGAUUGUGUUUUAACUAAAUUUGUUCGAGCAGCUAUAAAUAAGAUCAAAUGUCCUGUUUAUAGUAUUUGUGUAAGUUAUAUUGGUUUUGUGUUGGCUUUUAGGUAACGAAUGGGAUAACUUUGAAAAUUGUGAAAAAACUUGAUGUAUAACAUCACGUUUUCACUAUAAAUUAUUUUUAAAACGUCAUGUUAACUAUUAAUAUUAUUAUAGUGGACACCUCAAGGAAAGCGUCUAUUAACAGGAGCAGCAUCGGGAGAGUUUACUUUAUGGAAUGGCAGUGCAUUUAACUUUGAAACGAUUCUACAAGCUCACGAUGUAGCUAUACGAUCUUUGAAGUGGUCUCAUAAUAGUAUGUGGAUGGCAUCCGGUGAUCAUGAUGGGUUUGUCAAGUAUUGGCAGCCUAACAUGAACAACGUUCACAUGUUUCAAGCUCAUAAAGACGAACCUGUCAGGUCGAUAAGGUGAAUAAUUUUAGUUUUUAUACAUAACUGGCUAGGUAAUUUAAUUUUGUUUCUUUGAUUAAAAUUUCUGACUAUUUUGAAUAGAAAAGCCAAUAUUUGAUUGCCAUAUCGUAAAAUAUUAUUUAUUAAGAAUAACAUUGAUUUUAGUAACCCUUAUAAUGUUUUAGUUUUGCUCCAACUGAUGCCAAAUUAAUAACUGGAUCAGAUGACGGAACAGCGAGGAUAUGGGACUUUGCUCGGUCAGAACAAGAACGAGUUUUAAGUGGGCAUGGUGCAGAUGUAAGAUCUGUCGAUUGGCAUCCAACUAAAGGAUUAGUGGCUACAGGAUCUAGGGAUUCACAACAACCAGUCAAAAUUUGGGAUCCAAGAACUGGGAUUUGUCUAACUACAUUGUGAGUUCGUGUUUUUAAAAUUUUAAUUAUUUUUAAAGGAUUUUUUUAUACGUUAGCAGAAGUUACCAUUGACCUAUUGCAAUAGGUCUAAAACAAUAUUUAAAAAAUUAAAGAGAUUUUUUAAAAAUUUAAUGUUAUUUUUGGAAUUUUGAAUUAUUUUUUUAAGCCACGACCACAAGAAUUCAGUAACAGCAGUAGAAUGGAAUAAGAACGGUAAUUGGUUGUUGAGCGGCUCUAGAGAUCACGUUAUCAAACUCUAUGAUAUACGAAUGUUAAAGGAGGUACAGACGUUCAGAGGCCACAAGAAGGAAGUUACAGGUUUGUUUUUACAUUUAAAAAUUUGCUGAAAGUUUUGGUUGUCAUUUCUAACUAAAAAACAUAUUUUAGCGAUUGCUUGGCACCCCGUCCACGAAGGUCUUUUUGCCUCAGGCGGUGGAGACGGUUCUCUUGGCUAUUGGAACGUCGGAGCCGAUGAAGAGCUAGCUCUAUUAGAAAACGCUCACGAUCAAGCUGUUUGGUCCAUCCAAUGGCAUCCUCUUGGCCAUAUCCUAGCUACCGGUUCCAAUGACAACAACACAAAGUUCUGGGCCCGAAAUCGACCGGGCGAUACUCAAGAAGACAUUUUCGGCUUGGUCUACACUUCUGGCAUCAAUUUGGCCGCAAUCACGGCCGCAUCGAACAAAGAAGACGGAGUUAAGACGGAUGCUAUUGAGACGGUCAAUGUGGAAAUGAAGGGACCGGUGAUUCCGGGUAUGGGCCUGGAUGAUGACAUUUAUGGUGCAAUGAACACGGAUUUGUCAGUUCCGGCGACGAUGCCAGUAGAAGAUUCUAUGGCGGAUAAUAACAAGAAUGUAAGGGUUUUUGGAGUUUCUUUGGCUGUUUGGAUAUCUAAAAGACAUUUUAUUUUUAAAAAUAUCGUCAUUUACUACUACUGGUAUCGAUUUUUUUUAGAAUUUGCGAACAAAAUAUUUUGUAACAAAUUACUUUUCUAUGACAUUGUUUUAGGGACCAAAACGACCACAAAUCAUGAAACAACCUCCACCGAAGAAGGCUCAACGUCAAUUCGAACGAAUCUGGAAUAUCAGCAAACCAGGAGCAGAUUCAGAAGCCAAUGACUACGAUCGAAUGGAUGAUUCUACAAACUACAAUAAUGUUCCACCACCAGGUCCAUCACUAAUGGGAUCCUCGACGAAUGGCUGGAAAUCAAACAGUCUACUAGGACCAGCGGCCGAACUCCCAGGCCCUCCUCCACUAAUGGCCGGUGGUCCACCGAUGCCUUUCGGAGCGGCAUCGAAUUUUGGACCUCCACCUGCCAAUUUUGGACCUUCAGGAUCUAACUUUGGAGGACCAAACUUCCCUUCAGGACCACCGCCGAAACCUUUUCCAAAACCGCCACAAGGUUUUUCGUCGGCACCGCCCGGUAACUAUCCACGCGAUCAGAGAGAACAAUAUCCGCCAGGAAGAGAUCAGCAACCAUAUCCACCGGGAAGGGAACAGAGAGACUACCCACCUGGACGAGAGCAGAGAGAACCAUACCCACCGGGACCUAAUCAUCAACAAUUCCCACUAAAUCCAAACCAACAACCAUAUUCAGGACCUCCUCCACAACAUUCUGCUCCACCCGGUGAUAAUUAUCAAUACGGACCACCUCCUCUCAGCUCAUGGCGAAACGGACCACCACCCCCGCCUCAAAAUCAGGCGAAUCCACCCUUCCCACGACCACCACGCCCAGCUCACAACAAUUCGUGGCGAAGUAAUCCGGCGUGGAACGGCAAUAAUCAACGAUAUUGA